GCUGAUAAUGUGCUUUAUCAACCGCGAUAAAUGAACAAUAGUUCGUCUAGUCGUAACAGUGAAGGCAAUAAAAUUAUUAGCAUCAAAUAAAGAGAAUUUUAAAUUCCUCACCUUUCGGUAGAGAGAGAAAAUUGAGAAAAACUAGCGACAAGGAGACGAAUCGUCUGCUCUGCCGAGUUUCAGGAGGGAACAACGCGCAUCUCACGCUCCGCCUCUGCUUUAAAUUGAAGAAUAAGACUCGUGAAGGAGGAAAAACUGAACAGAAGCUACCAUGCGCCGGGAGGGACACGGUGGUCGUCGUUGCCGCCAUUUUACGGGCUGAUUGCCGUAAGAGGUCUCUUAUCCAAUUCAUCAUCCGUGUUGUAUUUUUAUGGACGCGAAAUGACAUUAAUACCCUUGAGAAGCUGGGGGAUUUACUUUCUUUGUCACUUUACGGUUACCGCCAAGAAUCUUCAAGUAUUCCAUCUAUAAAACAUUCUUACUCUCACAUUACCAAUAUACUGUAAUAAAACCCCUUUAAAUGAUGAAGAAAUUGUGAUUUCCAUACUUUCUGGUUUCUUUUUCCUUCUUGAAUUGGGUUUUCUAUGAAGAGGCAAGGUGAGAAUUGUCAGGGGACAAGAAGAAAGUCAGGGUUGAAAAGAAGCAGGUUGUUUAAGGAGGAUAGAGGAAAGAGUAAGCAAAUAGAGGUUAGAGUACAGAAUAAGAGGCAGGGUUCUCGACCCUUUGUUCCUUCGCUCUUGGAUCUUUCCUUACGAGUUCUUGCAGAGAAUGCCGAGGGGAUAGUUUCACUGGAACUGGUUCCAGAUUUGCUUAAAGAAAGACUAACUAUUUUGUUGUGCAAUAUGCGUAAAAUGGAUGUCCAUAUGCUGAAUCUCCUAUUAAAACCAUGUCCAACUGUGAUACGAGUAAAGGACUGUUCGUGGCUCACUGAAUCACAAUUUCGGCAGACAUUUGGGAAUUGUGACACAGAAAGUCUGAGGGUACUUCAACUUGAUCUAUGUGGGCAGUGUAUGCUUGAUAUCGCACUCACUGAUACAUUAGCUCGAUCUUUAAAUAGCUUGCCGAAUUUAGCUACUGUUUCCUUGAGGGGUGCCUGUAGUUUAUCAGACAAUGGGAUUAAAGCACUUGUAAUGUCUGCAUCCGCAUUGCUGUCU